UAACUGUUGCAGCUCUCAGUACAUGUAACAGUGAUUUCUUAAAGGCUCCGCAGCAGAAACACAGAGGGAAAUGUUUCAUUGAUUUAAAUUUGGCUGAAUUGUCCUUUUUCUUCCUCCUUCUUCUCUUUAGGUGCUGAUGAUGUUUAUGGACCCGCGAUGCGCGCGCGCGCGCGCGUGUGUUUGUGACCUGUCGGGCGCGCGCACUGUCAAAGGACGCUCACGCGCAGCAUCGCUCCGCUGCGAAGAGGAACGGGGUCGCCGAGCUUCGAGUCGGGGAAGAAACCCAGCUGUCAAUCACUCACUCAGCUCGACCCUCGGUGUCAGCGAACGCACGCGGCGGCGGCGGCGGCACAUCGCGGGAUUUCCCUGGUCCCGGUAUUCAACACAACACAACACAACACGAGACGACGACGACGACGACGACACCACCGCUGGAUGAAACCUCUCCGGUGAUCAACAGAUCGGCAACUCCGCUUCCCUCUUGCGAAGGAUGCGGGAGGCGACAGGCGACGGCAGCGGAGCCAACUGGCACAUGUGAGCGGCGGCGGCGGACGUUAUUACUAGCGACUCCUCGGGCCGAUGCGAACACACACACACACACACACACACACACACAGCAGAGGCUGAAGAGUCUGUUUGUCGGCCAAGAAAACAUGAGCAGAGCUUUUGUCUCGCGUCGCUGUGACGGAAUGGGCCCGCGGGGAUCUUGGCACCGGUUUUACGCAGCAGCAGCAACACAUAGUAUCCGUCGACGUCGCUCCACCGGAGACUAGAACACAGAGGCGGCGGACAUGGACAAAGAGCUGGUCACACCACCACCACCACCACCACCAUCAUCAUCUUCUUCUUCUUCUUCUUCUUCUCGGCGGUGAUGCUGUUUGAGAGACUCCGGGAUCCUGGAACGCGUCGGUGACCGAGACCAAGUGACCGCCGGCUCCUCCCGAGAAGCGGAGCAGCAUCGUUCGUUGACGGCGGGGGAAUUCAAGUUUGGACCUCACCUCAAGUCCAGAACGACCUUCCCCUCCCAAGAAAGACACCCCCCCCCCCCCCCCACAAGGAUCCUCUUAUAUCUUAAAGCAUCUUCACAGACUCGCAUAGCGAGUCUGUGAACAGGUGAGAGAGGGACACUGUCUGCCCCACUGUCCAGCGACACCAUGAGCUGGAGCUUCCUCACGCGGCUGCUGGAGGAGAUCCACAACCACUCCACCUUCGUGGGGAAGCUGUGGCUCACCGUGCUCAUCGUCUUCCGCAUCGUGCUCACCGCGGUCGGGGGCGAGUCCAUCUACUACGACGAGCAGAGCAAGUUUGUCUGCAACUCGGGCCAGCCGGGCUGCGAGAACGUCUGCUACGACGCCUUCGCCCCGCUGUCGCACGUGCGUUUCUGGGUCUUCCAGAUCAUCCUGGUGGCGAUGCCGUCUCUCAUGUACAUGGGCUACGCCGUCAACAAGAUUGCACGAUUGGACGAGGCCAAAGGAGGCGCCGGGUCCGCGGCGGUCCGCACGGGAGGAGGGGGCUACACGCACAGGAAGCCCAGGAAAAUCUGCUUCGGGGCGCGGCAGCACCGGGGCAUCGAGGAGGCCGAGGAGGACCAGGAGGACGACCCCAUGAUCUACGAGGUGCCGGAGAUCGAGCCCUCGAAACGGCCGAGGGAUCCGCUGCAGCCCACGCCCAGGCCCAAAAUCCGGCAUGACGGGCGCAAGCGCAUCCAGGACGAGGGCCUGAUGCGGGUCUACGUCCUGCAGCUGGUGACGCGCACGGUGCUCGAAGCGGGCUUCCUCGCGGGCCAGUACCUGCUGUACGGGUUCCGCGUGACGCCGGUGUUCGUGUGCUCGGGGAAGCCGUGUCCUCACAGCGUCGACUGCUUUGUGUCGCGGCCCACGGAGAAGACCAUCUUCCUGCGCAUCAUGUACGGCGUCACCGUCCUCUGCCUCACGCUCGACGUCUGGGAGAUGCUCCACCUCGGCAUCGGCUCCAUCUGCGACAUUCUGCGGCAGCGGCGCUGCCCAGCUCAGGAGGACGAGUACCAGCUGGGUCUGCUGGGCCCCAGUGGCGGUGUGGAGGGCUCCGCGGGGGUGCCGGGGCCCGAGGCGGGCUCCGAGGGAGGGGUGGGCGGCGACGGGGCCGCGGACUACGUGGGUUACCCCUUCUCGUGGAACACGCCGUCGGCUCCACCCGGCUACAACAUUGUGGUCAAACCGGAGCAGAUGCCCUACACGGACCUGAGCAACGCCAAAAUGGCGUGCAAGCAGAACCGGGCCAACAUUGCCCAGGAGGAGCAGCAGCAAUUUGGCAGCAACGAGGACAACUUCCCCACCGGAGGGGAGGCCCGCGUGGCCCUGAACAAAGACAUGAUCCAGCAGGCUCACGAGCAGCUGGAGGCGGCCAUCCAGGCGUACAGUCAGCAGCACCGGGCGGAGGAGCAGCUCGGGGACAACCGGGACGACAAGCCCCAGAGCAACAUCAUCCAGGCCCAACCUCAGCCACAGGCCCUGCCGCAGAAGGAGCGCAAGCAUAAGUUCAAGCACGGCAAGGGAGGCGGCAGCGGGGGAGGCAGCAGCAGCAACAGCAGCAGCAGCAAAUCGGGAGAGGGCAAGCCCUCCGUGUGGAUUUAACCCCAGUGACAUGUCUGAACCUGUGUGUAUAUAUACGUAUAUAUAAAUAUAUAUAUAUUAGAAGAUGGAAUGAUGAGCUGUUGCAAUCUUUCUUGGACAUGGAAUCACCGCUACGCCUUAAAGAAAUCCCGCAAGCUGGAGAAAACGUGUGUUUGUGUGCCGAGGUGAUGUCGCAGCUGACGACGGAUGUCUCGUCUCACUCGAAACGUCACGCCGACGCCAAACCUGCGUUAGUCCGUCGUUUACACGUCUCCCCCGAUUCUCUGACCUCCGUCGCUCUGCCCCUCAUCCAUCGUCUUUUGCGGGAUCUUGGGCUGAAAGUUUUCCCUCGCAAAUUCAGAUUGACUCCCAGAUUUGGUCCGUUACAGUAGUACAUCGGCGCUCCUAAUUCGUAGGACGCGACAAUGCGGCGAAAGACACCGACGUGACGCAUCGGGCUUGUUUUAAAGGGGACGUCACUACGACGCACACGCAAUAAAAGUGAAGCAUAUUUUCCGAGGCGGUGACUUUAUUUAAUGCAGAGAGAACGUCGCCUUCCUGAGGGCUGUGUCCUGUCCUGUCCUGUCCGGUCCGGUCCUGUCCGGUCCUGUCCUGUCCUGUCCGGUCCGGUCCUGUCCUGUCCUGUCCUGUCCUGUCCUGUCCUGUCCGGUCCUGUCCUGUCCUGUC